AUGGCUGAUAUGAACGAUUAUCUCGCCGUCGUAGCUAUUGACUUCGGUACUACGUACAGUGGAUUUGCGUAUGCAUUCAACCACCAGAAGUACAGAGCAGGUCAACAAGGUAUUCAUAUGAAUAGCACCUGGGGAAACUGUCGAGGUGUUAGUACAUUACAGACUCCUACAUGCAUCCUGUUAAAUCCUGACAAAUCCUUCCAUUCGUUCGGCUACAGAGCUCAAGCAAAGUACAUUGAAUUGGAAGAAGAACAGGACAGACAGUAUUAUUAUUUUGACAGGUUUAAAAUGAAGCUGCAUCAGUGCGAGGAGAUAGAUAGCAGAACAGAAAUCACAGCAAGCAAUGGCAAAAAAGUAAAUGCAUUGGAAGUGUUUGCCCAUGCUAUUCGGUAUCUAUCCGAGGAAGCAACAAAACUUAUAUCUUCCCGAUCAGGAAAAUCAUUUACUAAAAAAGAUAUGUUGUGGGUUAUAACAGUUCCAGCGAUAUGGAAUCAUGUGUCAAAGCAGUUUAUGAGAGAGGCCAGUUACGAGGCGGGUAUCAUAUCAAAAAACAAUCCAUGCCAACUGGUAAUCGCUCUAGAACCAGAAGCUGCGUCACUUGAUUGCCGGGAACGGAAUAUGGCUGAAUUUGUUGAUAAAUCUGAUGAUAAUGGAAAGUGUGGAGAUGUAGUUUCAAAGCCCGGAACAAGUUACAUGGUUGUUGACAAUGGCGGAAGAAAUCCUACCAAGAAUAACAUCAUGAUUUCGAAGGGGUGCCUCUGUCUUGGGCCUGAUAUUAUGAAAUCCUUGUUCUUCCCUCCUUUGAAAAAAAUUAAUGAUUAUUUGAAUAGAUUAUUGAAAGAGCGAUCCUUACAAGACGUCAAAAGCAUAUUUCUUGUAGGCGGUUUCUCGGAGAAUGCUUUAUUACAAAACCAAAUCAAACGAAAUUUCGGCUCCCGUUACCGUAUUUUGACGCCAAUAGAUGCAGGUUUAAGUGUUAUGAAAGGGGCAGUAUUAUUUGGCCUCAACCGAGAUUCUAUAAAAACACGGAUCAGUCCUUAUACUUAUGGUAGUGAUUUGAGUCCAAUAUUUAACCCAAAGAAACAUGAAGAGAAAUACAAGUUCACACUAUGCGGCGUGGAAAGAAUAAACGUAUUUAAUACGUUAGUGACCAUAAAUGAAAACGUUAAAAUAGGGGAGGUAAGAACAUUUAUCGCAUAUCCUACACAUGAUGAUCAGACAUCCGUUCAUUUCGGAUUUUAUACAACAACACAAAAACAAGUAAAAUAUGUGGAUGAACCCCAUGUAAAAAAAGUCGGUUGUGUCACCCUACCAAUUCCAGAUAUAACAAAGGGAAGGAAUAGAAAACUUGAAUUGAAAGUUGAAUUUGGUAGAACUGAAAUUAAAGCAACAACUCGUGAUGUUAAAAGUGGUAAUGUCAGGACCAUUUAUUUAGAUUUCAUGAACGAUUGA